UGCAGAGCUACUGCACCAGAAUGAGGCAAGAAUGCCAUGAAUAUUCGAUAGCAAGCUUUGGGGAUGGCUACACUACAAAAACUAUCUUCUAGCAUAACUAUCCUAUCAUCCGUCAUUUCCUUGGAUUUCGAUCUAGGAGUCGAAAAUGGAUCGGAUAUUGCGCCGCGACUCGUCCUCGGCGAAGGCUAGUGAGUACAACACCGGCGAGGGAAGCGCAUUAAAGCUCCCACAGAACGUGGAGGACACACUGUCCAAGGUCUUGCCCUCGGAGGACGUGUUAGACCGACCCGAAUUCGAUGCGCGUGAGUUCAUCAACCGAAACUUCCCGGACGAACAGAGUCUAGGGGAUAUAGGCGACUUCGUAAGCCGUCUCCGUGGGCGCAUGAAGGAGCUGGACGACUCGCUGUCUCAGGCAUCGCAGGAUCAGAGUUUAGCGGCCCAUCAGGCGCUUGUGGAUCUGAAGGAAGCGAAAAUGGCGACCCAGCAGCUCUUCCACAAGAUCCGCGAUAUCCGAGGAAAGGCAGAGCAGUCGGAGGUCAUGGUGCAGGAAAUCUGCCGGGAUAUCAAGCAGCUUGACUAUGCUAAGCGCCAUUUACAGACUACGCUCACGGCUCUAAAGCGACUACACAUGCUGGUUAACGCAGUGGAUCAGUUAGAGUUCAUGUCCUCCCAGCGCAACUAUCGCGAGGCCGCCUCUUUGCUUGAAGCGGUUAACCAGCUCUUCACGCACUUCGACGGCUACACGAACGUCAGUAAAAUCGUCGAACUCCACAAAACUGUACGCACGUUGCAGGAAGAGCUCGGUGGACAGAUCUUUGCCGACUUCCGGUCUAUCGGCCCGAUGGAGUCGUUGGAGGAGAAUUUUCCAUCAGAAGAAGAGCGGCAGGCAGUCUUUGCCAACCUCUCAGCGGCAUGUGCAGUCGUCGAUGCAUUGGGCAAAGCAACCAGAGAAAAACUCAUCCAUCUAUUUUGUGAUGAGCAGCUUCUGUCCUACGAACGAUUAUACGGGGACGGAGGAGAAUGCGCUGGUUUGCAUCAAGCUGAAACGAGAUACACGUGGUUUUACAACCUCCUUGCUGCAAUCGAUGCUCGCUUAAACGCUAUAUUCCCGAAGCAUUGGCGGAUGGCUCGGCGCAUGUGCAUUCAAUUCUGUGAAAGCACCCGGACCCAUCUACUAGCACAGAUAGGUGCACACACUCCGGACGAGAUGGACGUGACAUUGUUGCUGAAGUCUCUGCAACGAACGCUCAUAUUUGAACGCGACGCAGCGCAGCGCUUUGAAGGGAUGGCAGAUGGAGAAGAGCUACAGGAGAUGGAGCUCGAUGAGAACGGUGACGCUAUCGAUCCGCAUUCCGCUGAAGGUAUCAAGAGAAAACAUCGUCGGAAAAAGCGUGAGGCAGAGCGCAAGGCACUUGAAGAAGAAAUGGAGAAAAACGGCGAGCUAGCUGGCGACAAUAACCAGAGUUUACCGACAAUUCGAGGAAUGAUAUCUCAUUCAUUCGACCCCUUCAUGACGGCGUAUGUCGCGCUGGAGCGGAAGAACAUGGAGCAGAUGAUCAAUGAAGUGAUGAGCGCGGAGUUGGUGGAUCGGAACGGCCAGCUGCCGGUGUUUUCGAGCUCGGUGAACAUGUUCGCGUACAUCCGCAACUCCAUUAAGCGAUGUACGGCGCUGACGAACGGCCAAACAUUCUUUGAUCUCCAGAAUGAGUUCAAGCACUGCUUUCAGCUCUACUCGCAGCGGCUUCUCGCUAAACUCCCCGCUGCCUCGACUGGGCCAUCAGGCGGUCUAGACUCUUCGAGCAGUGGUGCUAGCAACAAGGUCAAAUUGAGCGACAAACAGGAAGAAGAACUGUGUUUUGUGAUCAAUACGGCCGAAUAUUGCGCUGAGACACUGCCAUCUCUAGAGGAAGUGAUUCGAGCGAAGAUUGACAAAGCGUUCAGCGAAGCCAUUGAGCUAUCACAAGAAAUGGAUACCUUCCACGACGUGGGCGCUGCAGCAAUGAAAUGUAUCGUGGCUGGGUUGGAGACAUCAUUGGACGACGAGUUAACUGCGCUCCACAAGGCGAACUGGCAGACGUGGGAAUCAGUGGGUGACGAGAGUUUGUAUGUGACGCAAAUGGGCGAGAAGCUGCAAGCUUUUGUGCCGGUGCUGCGUCAAAUGCUUUCUGGAUUGUACUUCACGAACUUCUGCGAUAAGUUUGCUGCCUCCUUCGUGCCCAAGAUCCUGCAGGCUGUGUUCAAGUGCCGAAAGAUGAACCAGGUGGCAACCCAGCAGUUACUGCUUGACGUAUACGCACUCAAGACACUCUUCCUCCAGCUCCCAGUACUGAACAACGACGGAUUUCAAUCCUCUUCCGCCUCGUCGAGUGCAGCGACGAUACCUUCGCGCUACACGAAGUUCGUCACGAACGAGAUGGCGACAGUAGAAAACGUGCUGAAGCUCAUUGGCACCCCGAACGAGAUGCUCGUUGAGAGUUUCAAGAUCAUGUGGCCCGAGGGCACUGCAGAGGACUUCCAGAACAUCAUGGCUGUGAAAGGCCUCAAGAAGAGUGAGCAGGCAGCGUAUCUCGAGACGCUGGGCAUGCAGCGUAAGCCCACGGGUAAGAUCGCCGAAAUGGAGGGCAAGAUGAGCGACAUGACGGAGAACUGGAAGAAGAACAUGCAGAACUUCGCCAAAGUACCGUUUGCAUUCACGGGCGGCAUGAACACCAACGCACAUCAUCAGGGCUAGCUUGCAGCAUGAAGUAGUUGACACUGCGUUUCUUUAAGAAAUUCGGCUCAAGAACACAAUAAAAACAACCAAAUUUCACCAUAAACUGCAAAGAUGCUGAUCAUUGUGAAGGUCUUGACGGAUAUGUGGCUGGAGAUCCAUGGCAAGAAGAGCAGUUCUGUUCUGUCUGAUCGGCUGCAGCAAGCAGCCACAGGACGACAAC